ACUCACGCUUCUCAACGCCCGUUUGUUAGCCUCGGCUCGCGGUUGAUGCGCUGCGACGGAACCGCAGUGCAGUGGUUUAUUGCCAGCCGAACUAUCGGGAUGGAGCGCCGGUCUUGUCUUCUCCAUUAUAUAGGUGGGCACUUCUCUGGAGCUGGUUGAGAGUGUAUGGCUUGAUAAAUAAAAAGAUUCUCCCAACAGCUGUGUUGCUCACUUCCUACUUCUCCCCUCGAUCAAAGAUGGCUGGUGCUGUGCGGCAACCGAUCGAUCUUCCCUCCCUGGAGCAGUAUCUCAAUCAACAUGUCCCGGCUGUAAAAACACCCUUGGACUUGAAACAGUUCGGAUUCGGCCAAUCCAACCCAACCUACCUGAUCACAGCUGCCGAUGGCCAAAAACAUGUCUUGAGGAAAAAACCACCUGGAAAACUGCUUUCGAAAACAGCCCACCGGGUAGAGAGAGAGUACGAGAUCAUUCACGCACUCGAGCAGACAGACGUACCCGUUCCCCGCACCGUCUGUCUCUGCGAAGAUGACAGCGUUAUCGGCACAGCGUUCUACAUCAUGGAGUUCCUCGACGGACGGAUGUUUACCGACCCCGCUAUGCCUGGAGUAAGCCCCCGGGAUCGAACCGAAUUAUGGAAAGAUGCUGCCCGUACUCUUGCCAAAUUCCACCGCGUAGACCCAAAAUCAAUCGGGAUGGAAAAGUUCGGGCGAGCCGGCGGUUUCUACGACCGUCAAAUAAGCACGUUCUCCGUCAUCUCCAAAACCCAAGCCCAGGCCGUUGAUGUGGACACCAAGAUCCCUGUCGGCGACAUUCCGCACUUCAACGACAUGGUCCGCUUCUUCUCCAACAAGGCCACCCAUCCCCGCGACCGCUCCACUUUCGUCCAUGGCGACUACAAAAUCGACAACAUGGUCUUCCACAAGACCGAGAACCGCGUCAUUGGCGUCCUAGACUGGGAAAUGGCCACGAUCGGCCACCCGCUCUCGGACCUCGCGAACCUAGUUUCGCCCUACGCCCAUGUCGCCGGGGCGCCUGGAAAUACCUCCUUUUCUCCGGAUUCUAUACCCGGCCUCCCGACGCGCGAUGAUGUGAUGAGAUGGUAUAGCGAGGCUGCAGGUUGGGAUCCCCGGGCGGAGAUGACAUGGGGUGACGCUUUUCACGGGUUCAGGGGCUCGGUGAUCAUGCAGGGUAUUGCGGCGCGGUAUGCACUGAGACAGGCGAGCAGCGCUCGGGCAAGCGAAUAUGCGGAGCAAAUGAGGCCUUUUGCAUUGGCCACGUGGGAUAAAGUGAGAAAAUUGCAGGAGGAUGCGGAGCGCAAGGCGAAGCUUUGAGAAGCUUUGAGAUUGGCCUUAGCUAAACGCUUAACGCUUAAUGCUUAACGCUUAACGCCCGCCCUCGCCCCUGGUUCCGCCUUGGUCCAAUUCUCUCCCAUCAUGCACACUUUUGAAAUGAUGUGCAAAUGAGCAGGCAUGUGUGUGUGCAUUUUUUGUCUCUAAUACUCCCUGGUCAUUCGGUCCUUUUCUUUUUCUUUUCUGUUUGAGUAUGGCUUGCCUUGGUCAGCCUUGUUGAUUCGUCCUUGUAGAAAACGCCUUGCUAAGCAGCAUUUAGCUUCGAUAGACAACGUUUUUAGCAUUUCCUUUUAUUUUCUUUAUAAUUUUCCCUCUUGUCCUUUUCCUUUUCCUUUUCUUUCUAUUUUCUUUUCUCUUUUUCCUUUUUGUUUCUAUUUUUGGUAGAGUCGAAACAUUUCAUCCCGCCAUUAUUUUUUCAAUAAAGUUCCUGAUCCAUAUCCCCCCUUCA